GCGUAGCACAAGCCAGCAACACAGCGAGAAGAGAACGACUGGUGCAACGCAGAGGGACACUUUGGCCCUUAAGGCUGAGUUUUUUGUGGAUUUGGGUCGACGCUUACUAAAAUGACCAGUGGGUAUCGACAUAUAUACAUUUACCGGGGAAAUCAGCGUGAGCUGGCACGCCAAAAGGCUGCCAAGAAGGCUACCGAGACCGGCAAAGGGAAGCGAAGUGAGGACGGGCUCUCUGCUGCCGCUCGUAAGCAGAGGGAUGCUGAAAUAAUGCAGCAAAAGCAGAAAAAGGCGGACGGUGGAGAGAAAGACAAUCCAAAGUCCAAGUGAGGAGAUGACUUCAUCCCAUAUUCGACAUCCUUCCUGAUUAAAAAUAAAAGCCAGUUAUGGUUUUUUUUAAUCCGAGACUCAACAUUGAAUUGAGCCGACUUUCUCUCCUUAUGGCAAUGGAAUAUUUUUUUCUGAGGUGAAAUUGUUCACCAUUAUCCCAAACUGACGCCACAUGCAUGCAGAGGAUCGUCGGUCCUUUUAGCAACAGGAGAACGAUGAACAAUUGUCCACACAAAAUGUCAUUGUAGCUGUUGUUUUUUUUCUUGUACAAAACAUGUCUCCUGAUGGUUACAAAUAAAGAGUAUCUUUGUAGUUCA